AUGUCCGCGACGCACGGCGCGUGCGCGCGCGCGCACGACGCCGCGAACGUCCCGGUGCUGACGCUCAUCGCCCUCGCCUGCGUCGCCGGCAUCGCCGGCGCGCUCGACCCGCUCGUCGUCACGAAGGGGUUCCUGGCGUACAUCGUCCUCGACGGGCUGUGGAUCGCGCUCUGGCCGCGGUGCGUGCCGAGCGCGGCGGCGGUGGUGGUGGCGCACCACGUCGUCACGGCGGCGCUCUUGGCGUACCCGCUGCGACAUCCGGAGCGCGCGAUCGAAACGUGUAGGAACGGAUUGGUGGAGGCGAACACGUUGUUUUUGAUACUGCGGCGCCGGGUGCGGCGCGGGAGCGCGAUGCACGCGGUGUGGAAUGGGUUGUACGUCGCGACGCUGGCGCCGGUGCGAUUCGCGUGGCAACCGUAUUUGUUGUGGCACUUUUAUGCGAACGUCACGAAGGACGACGUUUGGUGGGAGAAGGUGCAGGUGUGCGGGGCGCAGAUGUUUUUGAUCGGGUUUAACGUGUUUCUCGUCGCGCGACGACGCGUCGCGCCGGCGAAGAAGGAGGCGUAG